CGUAUUAUCAUAAUUAUUAUUGAUUAUUAUAUUCGAAUCAUGGUAAAAAAUCGUUGAAAAUGAUUUUUGCUCCAGAACUAAGAACUCACUCACAAAAAGUUUGCACCCUCUAUAAGACUGCUUGCAGGCUCAUUGAAUCUUAUUACGUUGCAAGGUUCAUAAUACGAUAUCACCAAGUUUUGCUAAGAAAACAAUUUGACGAUAAUAAAUGCGUCACUGAUCCUAAAGAACAACGACUCCUGCUGCGUGUUGGACAGAAUGAAGUUUUUGCAAAGAAAUAUCCUUUUCCACCGCAAAAAUUUCCAAGAUCGAUUGGGCUAGCUGGUGGCGUUGCUUAUAGUCGUGUUGUUACACCUCCAGACUGGAUUUUGGAUUAUUGGCAUCCGCUAGAAAAAGCACAGUAUCCAGAUUAUUUUGCCAGACGGGAGUGCAGAAAGGCUGAAUAUAUUAAGAAGUGGAACGAUGGUACUUUAUAUUAGUUAAACGACGACAGAAUAUAAUUUUAUUUUAUGUUAGUCAGGAUAAACUAUGAAGGAAUGUUUCAGUUCUUUAUUCUACCUUAUUUUCGUCUGUUGAUAGCAUUAAAA